AAUUACAGUGAAGUUAAAUUUCGGAAGAACGGGUGGGUGUACCGUACAUAUGGGCAAAAGCAUAUUUAUUUAUUUAUUAUUAUAAAAUAAUAAAAUAAUAUAUAUUUCCGAAUAAUAAUUAGAAGAGACAGGUAUGCCACUCGCAGUUCUAGGGUUUCCAGAAGCGCCGUGUUUGGUCGUUUCUUCGCUUAUCGGAAUUCCUCUGUGAGUGGUUGUUUCAAAACUUUGGCAAUGGAAGUUACUCAAAUUCUGUUGAAUGCGCAAUCGGUUGAUGGAUCGGUUCGUAAGCAUGCUGAAGAAAGUUUAAAGCGGUUUCAGGAGGAGAAUCUUGCUGGUUUUUUGUUAUCUUUGUCUGGAGAGCUUUCUAGUGAGGAGAAGCCGGUUGACAGCCGUAAAUUGGCCGGUUUGAUUCUUAAAAAUGCGUUGGAUGCGAAAGAACAGCAUAGGAAGUUUGAGCUUGUUCAAAGAUGGUUAUCCCUUGAUGUGGGGGUUAAGGCGCAGAUAAAAGCGUGUUUGUUGCAGACGCUAACUUCCCCUGUUUACGAGGCAAGAUCGACUGCAUCACAAGUGAUAGCGAAAGUUGCUGGUAUUGAGCUACCGCAGAAACAAUGGCCGGAGCUUAUCGGUUCGCUUUUGUCGAGUAUUCACCAGGUUCCGGUUCAUGUCAAGCAAGCUACUUUAGAAACACUUGGAUAUCUGUGUGAAGAAGUUUCUCCAGACGCUGUAGAACAAGAUCAUGUGAAUAAGAUACUUACAGCUGUAGUCCAAGGUAUGAAUCCGUCUGAGGGUAGUAACGAUGUCAGGCUUGCUGCCACACGUGCGUUGUAUAACGCACUUAGUUUUGCUCAGGCGAAUUUUUCAAAUGAUAUGGAGCGGGAUUAUAUUAUGAAAGUUGUUUGCGAGGCAACGUUAUCACCGGAAGUGAAAAUCAGGCAGGCGGCUUUUGAGUGUUUGGUGUCUAUUUCCUCAAGUUACUAUGAGAAAAUAGCUCCAUACAUGCAGGAUAUCUUUAACAUUACUGCAAAAGCGGUGAAAGAAGAUGAAGAGCCGGUUGCUCUACAAGCUAUCGAGUUUUGGAGCUCGAUAUGCGAUGAAGAGAUUGACAUAUUAGAAGACUACGGUGGUGAGUUCACUGGCGAUUCUGAUAUUCCCUGCUUUUAUUUUAUAAAACAAGCUUUACCUGCACUCGUGCCGAUGUUACUGGAGACGUUGUUGAAACAAGAAGAAGAUCAAGAUCAAGAUGAAGGCGCGUGGAAUCUUGCUAUGGCUGGUGGUACGUGUCUUGGGUUGGUGGCUCGAACCGUCGGGGAUGAUAUCGUUCCGCUUGUGAUGCCUUUUAUUGAAGAGAAUAUAACAAAACCUGAUUGGAGGCAAAGAGAAGCGGCUACGUAUGCAUUUGGUUCAAUCUUGGAGGGCCCGUCGCCGAACAAGUUAACACCACUUGUUAAUGUUGCUCUCAAUUUCAUGCUUACGGCUUUAACCAACGACCCAAACAGCCAUGUAAAGGACACAACUGCUUGGACCCUCGGAAGAAUAUUUGAGUUUCUUCAUGGUUCAAAUAUGGAGACACCUAUCGUCACACAGGCUAACUGCCAACAGAUUAUAACAGUUCUUCUCCAGACCAUGCGGGAUGCUCCAAAUGUUGCUGAGAAAGCAUGUGGGGCCCUGUAUUUUCUUGCUCAAGGUUAUGAGGAUAUCGGUCAAACUUCUCCUUUGACCCCCUACUUUCAAGAAAUUCUUCAAUCUCUGUUAUCAGUUUCUCACAGGGAAGAUGCUGGAGAGUCUAGAUUAAGGACUGCUGCUUACGAGACGUUAAAUGAAGUUGUGAGGUGUUCUACAGAUGCAACGGCUUCCAUGGUGUCGCAGCUUGUUCCCGUUAUCAUGAUGGAACUCCAUAAAACGUUAGAAGAACAUAGCCUUUCGUCUGACGAAAGGCAAAAACAGAAUGAAUUACAAGGGCUUUUGUGUGGGUGCUUACAGGUGAUUAUUCAGAAGUUAGGAUCAUCAGAUCAAACCAAGUAUGCCCUAAUGCAAAAUGCAGAUCAAAUCAUGAAUCUUUUCCUUAGGGUUUUUGCUUCUCGAAGUGCAACCGUUCAUGAAGAAGCAAUGCUCGCCAUUGGAGCUCUAGCAUACGUAAUGGGCCCAGAUUUUGCAAAAUAUAUGCCUGAGUUUUACAAGUAUUUGGAAAUGGGUCUUCAGAACUUUGAAGAGUACCAAGUGUGUGCUGUGACUGUAGGUGUGGUGGGCGACAUAUGUCGUGCCUUGGAGGAGAAGGUAUUGCCAUGGUGUGACGGGAUCAUGACUCAGCUUCUUAAAGAUCUUUCCAGCAAUCAGCUGCACCGAUCUGUUAAACCACCAAUUUUUUCAUGUUUUGGUGAUAUUGCAAUGGCGAUAGGCGAGAACUUCGAGAAAUACUUAAUGUAUGCUAUGCCUAUGCUCCAGAGUGCAGCAGAGUUAUCCGCCCACACGUCAAGUGCCGAUGAUGAAAUGAUAGAGUACACCAAUCUUUUGAGGAACGGCAUAUUGGAAGCGUAUUCUGGGAUCUUUCAGGGUUUUAAGAACUCUCCUAAAACUCAGUUGUUAAUUCCUUAUGCCCCACAUAUCGUUCAGUUUCUAGAUCUGAUCUAUAUGGAGAAAGACAUGGAUGAAUUGGUGAUGAAAACGGCUAUUGGCGUGCUUGGAGAUCUAGCUGAUACUCUUGGAAGUAAUGCCGGGUCGUUAAUUCAGCAAUCUCUUUCAAGCAAAGACUUUUUGAAUGAAUGUUUAUCCUCGGAGGAUCAUUUGAUUAAGGAAGCUGCUGAGUGGGCCAAACAGGCCAUAAGUCGCGCUAUUUCUAUUUGAGCGUUCUGCUAUUUGGUCAAUUUUGAGUGUUGCAUCGGUCCUAGUCAGCUGUCAAGUUCGGGACUCGGGUCUUUCUACUGUUUGUUAUAUACACAAGUCGGUUUGGGGCUUUUUACCACAUCACUGGUAUUGUUUCUUUAUUCGAUUAUGUUUCUUUAUUUCAUAUUUUCUGUCAUUUUUGGAUGGAGCAAUUUUGAGUCACGCGUCACCCGGUGUGUCUUGUUACCACCAAAGUCAUAGCGUCUUGCUAAAGAAGGGUUCAGCUACAGUGUUUUGAAGUCAAAAGGGUCAUUGGUCAAAGGUGAAGUAAAUAUAGUGUUUUAUCAUUCAUCAUUUUCAUCAUGGUAUGUGUGUCCCAGCUUGACAUUGAAAUAGGAUUUGAAAUCAUCAUCAUUUCAUUUUGUAAAACUUGCCUGUGGCUAUUAUUAUUUAUUUUUUUUUGGUUUCUAAACUGAAACUUCACCAUCUUCCAAUAUAGAUUUCUGUAAAUGCAAGCGUUUUAUUUAUUGCU